GAAAGGAAACUCUCCCUCAUGAAAAGUUAAUAACGUGCAGCAGCACCUUCAGCUACCUCCCAAAAAAUUAAUGAAUAUAUAAAUCGAGUAGCAUCACUACAAUGGUCAACGGUCUUUGAUGGUUUUUUCUUUUUGAGCUACCAACUAUACCUCAGAAUUUCUCAUCUGUUAAGAGAAGAGAAGAUCUAAUGGUGAAGUCAGAGGACGAGGAGGGCGUGGGAUUGGAGUACUGGCUUCAAUGGCAAGUCCUUGUGUGUGCUCUCAUAUUUGUUGUCCCAGCAGUUGUAGCUCUGAUUCUCAUCAAGAAGAAGAGAGAGCCUCUGAGCUCUGCUCAUCUGUGGGUCCCAUGCUGGAGAAACCUCAAUCCCCUUUGGCUCCUCUUCUACAGAGCUUUUGCUUUCACUUCCAUGGCUUUCCUACUCUUUCAGACCGUCUCCAUCUUUGGUGUCUUUGUCUUCCUUUUCUACACUCAGUGGAGUUUUGCAUUGGUGAUGGUCUACUUUGCUGUUGGAACAGCUAUAUCUGCUCGUGGAUGCUGGCGGAACUCCUGCUCAAAGAAAACACUUCCCAAAAAUGGGGAGAGUGAUGAGUUUAUGAAAAAGGAUUUGGGAGAUAGUAUCAAAUUGCAAAGCAAUUAUGAACAAGAGGAAAAUGAGCAUAAAGCAGGGUUUUGGGAGUAUCUUAUGCAAGCUAUUUAUCAGACUAGUGCAGGUGCUGCUGUCCUAACGGACAUUGUGUUUUGGUGUAUUCUAGUCCCAUUUCUGCUCGGUGAAAAUUUUCACCUCACCCUGUUGAUUGGAUGCAUGCAUAGCCUAAAUGCUGUGUUUCUACUUAUUGAUUCUGCUAUCAAUAGCCUUCCAUUUCCUUGGUACCGGCUCACGUAUUUUGUGCUAUGGAGUGUUGUCUAUGUUAUUUUCCAUUGGCUUCUUCAUGCAUUCGGUUUUACCAACUGGUGGCCAUAUCCUUUCCUUGACCUCUCAACUCCAUGGGCACCUCUGUGGUAUUUAGGGUUGGGUUUAGUUCACCUCCCUUGUUAUGGACUAUAUGUGCUGCUUAUUAAAGCCAAAAACUCAAUCUUCUCUAGGAUGUUCCCUUAUGCAUUUGUGAGGGAUGCAGUUUUAUCUGGAGGGAAUUCACUGGAGAAGAAGCAAACCUAGAUAUAUGAUAGAUAUGCAUGUUACUGGACAUAAAAUUUAGCUUCGAUUUAAUAAUCUAUUUGUGUGUGUGUGUGUGUAUGAAUGUGUACAAAAUGGACAUUACAUUUCUAGUGGAAAUGUAAAAUUCACGCAAGUGAGAUUAUUGGAUGAAUAUUCUAGUCUCCAUGAAUUAUGGGAUUACACUAUAUAAAUUAAGGAGAAAUAUAUGGGAUUGCAUACUGUAA